AUGGACGACGGCGGAGGCGGGCGCGAGGGGGUGAUGAUCAUGGAUGUCACGUGGUUCCAGGUGGACCUGGACUACGAGUUCGACGCGCCCAGGUGGUUCGACCUCACCCAGGAGGAGGCGCCGCUGGAUGCCGCUGCGGCGCAGGAGUGGUUCGCCGCCGCCCCCAGCUACCCACCCUCUCCCUUAAUUGCUAAGAUGUUAGCUGAGGAUCUUGGAUUACAAACCAUUAGAAGCAUUGCAGAUACAUAUGCUCUGCAUUGUUCUACGGCUUCUCACGAAUGUUCCAGUGGCGUGGAGCAAAAAGUCUAUCGGUUCGAAGGGCGAAAACCACGCAAUGGUGCAUCGGAAAAUGAACGCCAAUCUCGCUAUCGAACUACCAUGAAGGGCACUUCCUUGAGAGGCUCCACACUGAUGAAGCCUACAGCCAGUCAGUUAGCCAAGCAAAAGAGACAAGCAGAAAUAAAGAAUUUGACACAGAGUAAAAAGUCAGUGGGAGUUAGAAGUGAGAAAACUACCAUAAGCUCAAACGAUUGCACUUACCAAUCUUCUAAAAGACAGAGAUUAGAGAAUGGGCAUCUCAACAAGGCUGCUGCUACUGCUACCCAGCAUGAGUUUAUUCAUAAAAAUCAUGAAAAGAAUGUUAUGAAUCAAAACAUGGAUCGGCCCUCUGGUUUGCCCAGAUUGAAGAUUACAAUUCCUAGAUCACCUAAUUUGGCAACAAAGCUAAGAGCGGAGAGGUCAAAGGCUCUUAGAUCAGUGCCAACUAACCCAAAGCAGUUAAAUGAAUGGGUUGCACCAUAUGCUCCGACAGUCCAAGUGGCAUCAACUAGAAAGGUAGUUCAACCUCUUCGGGCUACUGGUCAUCAGCAUGCAAGCAGACAACAUGAGGAUGUUGGGUCAAAUGUGCCAGCAUGUACAUCCAAUCAUGCAAGGCAUCUUAAGAGUGUAGAUGAUAACAAACCUGAUGAUUGCAGAGAUGAUCUGUUUAAAUUUAAGGCCCGGCUGUUGGAUAGAAAGAUGUUAGCGAGCAAAGGUGACGGUGUAUUUCAAUGUGCAAAAAGGAAUACAACUGUGCCUAAGGAAUUUAACCUAUCAACAGGCCGGAAAAUAAAUCCAGCUCCAUUGUCUGAACUAUUUAACAAGCUUUCUUUAACUGCGGGAGCACACCAAAAUCGCGGAGUAGGGCGUCAGAUCAGUGAUCUGCCAAAUUAUAUCACUACCAAGGACUGCAAAGAGAACAUGAACGGUAACAUGCACCGCUAG